CGACAAGAUGGAGAGCCCUCACGAGCACCAGCAGAGUCUGAUUCUUUCUCGAAUCAUCAACAACAUUGAGAAACUCAAUGAAUCGGUGAUGGUCAUGAACAAGAGCCUUCAGGAGGUCAACAUUCAGAACAUGAACGUGGAAUUGGUCGCGCAGAUGUUCAAGAACUACCAGUCGAACGUGCUGUUCCACUUGGAAGCUACCGAGAACCUGAAGGAGCCGUCAUAGUGCCCGGUCUCGCGUUUUAUUUUUGAUAUAAUUUGUUACGAAGCAUGAUGGAUGGCAAUUGGGACUCAAUGAAUAGAAAUUUGCAUAUAUACUCCUCUUCCUCAG